AUGGUCCGGAUGUCGGACCAUGCCGAAAUCCGGUUAGGAGAGUGGGAAGGAAACUUUCGGCGGUUUUUGAUGAGAUCAUUUUUUUUGUCCGACCGGUGGGAAUUGUAUUUUGUAAGUGCGAAUUAUUCUGGGGUUAAUCCGUCGGCCUGUGAAACUGCGUCCAGUUCUUCCGAUCUGAGCGAAGAGGAAGAUAUGGCUGACGAAGUCGCCGUAGCGGCGCCAGGCACAUCGGCGGCGGCUGCCGGCGUGGCCGAAGGCGAGCAGCAGCAACAAAACGGCUUCUCCGUGUUUGGCAUGCUGAAAGGCUUGCUCAUUCGCGGAGUCAUCUUCUACAUUAUCGCCAACUUCUUCCGACGUCCGGCCCCACAAACAGGCGAUAAUCCGUCAUCCGUCGGACUAAAGCCCGCGUCCAACCUGUUUCAGAACGGCACCAUGAUGGACUUGUUUGUAGCAUUUGGGCUGAUGUACAUUUUCAAUUCCGAGGUUCUUGACAGAAUUCCUUUUAUUCUGGUCGGGCCUUCAAGUGCGAAGGCUGACAUCUGCGGAAAAUCGCCGGAUCCGAGCACCACGAAGCUUUACAGCCGGCGUUACACAGUGGGCAAAACCCAUCGAUUGAACAAGUUCAAGCGCAAGAAGCACGUGAUGACUCAAAACCUUCUCACUGGACAAACAGCUGCUUCUGCUGACGAGACUCGCUACGCUCAGAAUCCCAAAGGCGAGAUCGUG